CUCCCUUCCUCUCUCUUUCAAAAAAAUCAAAUCGAAUUCAACCACCAAAAUAUGAACACUUUUACCUUCAUUCAUCCGUAAUUCUCUUCCCAAACAUCUUUCUGCAACAAAAAAUUUGAAAAAAUUACAUGUUCGAAUUCCUGUAUUGAUGCAAAAAAAGAACUCUGUAAUUGUGAGAAAUCAAUAAGAAUUGAGAACAAAUGGGGCAACAAUCGUUGAUUUAUAGCUUCGUAGCGAGAGGAACUGUGAUUCUGGCGGAAUUUACAGAAUUCACAGGGAAUUUUACGUCGGUUGCGACUCAAUGUCUGCAAAAAUUGCCUUCAUCAAGCAGCAAAUUCACAUAUACCUGCGAUGGCCAUACUUUCAACUAUCUCGUCGAUAAUGGCUUCACUUACUGUGUCGUUGCAGUUGAGUCUGCCGGUAGACAGAUUCCAAUUGCGUUCCUUGAGAAAAUAAAGGAUGAAUUUACCAAGAAAUACGCCGGAGGAAAAGCAAAAACUGCUGCUGCAAAGGGCCUAAACAAAGAAUUCGGACCCAAGUUGAAGGAGCAGAUGCAAUACUGUGUGGAUCAUCCAGAAGAGGUUAACAAGAUUGCAAAAGUGAAAGCUCAGGUGUCUGAAGUUAAAGGAGUUAUGAUGGAAAAUAUUGAGAAGGUUCUUGACAGAGGUGAAAAAAUUGAGCUAUUAGUGGAUAAAACAGAGAACCUUCGUUCCCAGGCUCAAGACUUCAAAACUCAAGGUACCAAAAUCAGGCGAAAGAUGUGGUGGGAGAACAUGAAGAUAAAGAUGAUCGUAGCAGCUAUUGUCUUGGCCUUGAUUCUUAUCCUAUUUACGUCCAUUUGUGGCGGCUUCAAAUGCAUGCAUUAGUUAAUUUAGAGCCUUACUCUAAACCUUAGAGAUUCAUCAUGUACACUGUAUGAUGGAUUUUCAGACCAUUUUGUAUAGUUAUGUACCCAAUUCCUUGACAGUAGUACGAUAUUAUCCCCUUGGUCUCUGUAAUAGUUGCUUACCUAACUGAGCUAAAUUUAAUGUGAAAUCUAACUUACUAUGUAUUUUCAUAGAUAGUGAGAAAUACUGUUGAUAGUUUGCAUAUUUUGGGGUAUGCAGAAAGAAGCUUGAAUAUGCAUCCUUGCCUUGUAAAAA